AUGGCGUCUGUUCUUUAUAAUAUAGUGUUUGUGUGUAUCGCUAUUUACACGAACGCUGAAGCUGGUAUACAGGAACGGUUUCUUUUCCAUAAUGUUUUUCCGGACCGGGUUAAUCCUAAUUCUCUUCAGAAACUUUGGUGGAUCCGAAAGAUGUCUCCCGACCUGUAUUUGACAGGACGAAUGACGGACAGACAGAUUAAGUAUGCGUCCGAGGGCGGUUUCAGAAGUAUAAUUACGCUUUUCCGGUUCGAUUCUCCUGGAGAGUUGGGCUUGGACAAAUUCUUGACGACAGAUGGGGCAAGAUUAAUAACCAAUGGUCUUAAUAUGGAAUUCCGAGCCAUUUUAGAUUCCGAAGAAGGCUGGUACAAAGUAAGUACAGUCGAGAAACUGACCAUUGCCAUCACGGAAAUGCCGAAACCCAUUCUGCUACAUUGCCAUCGCGCCCACACUAUCACAUUUGCUACUUUGAUGUAUUUAGCAAACCAAACAAGAUUAGAUCCUAGCUUCCGUCCAAAAAUUACAAGUGAUGUCUUUUACAAAGCAACAGCAUCCCUUGGUUUAGACUUCACGGCAUAUAACACUUCACACGUCGUGUCAAAAAUCACCGGAAGUCCUGUACCGCCAGUGUUUCCGAGAACCACAGCGAACCCUGUAGAAUGGUCAGACUAUUGGUUGGUGCAUUUCAUUUACAGGAACUGGUUUGUUGGAGGGCAAAUACACUCCACGCAUCUCCCAGCUAUUGCAAGUACCGGCUUCAAACAUAUUGUCAACCUGCGUUUAGGGAUAUUAACCCAUAACCAACCGUCACAAGAAAGCGUCACACUGCUGAACAUUGUUGACGGAACUCCAACAUACGGAAAUGUUACGAUCGGACCUCGCCAGUCACCGGAAACGCUAUCACACACUCGGAUAGACCUUGACAAAAUGGUAACUUAUAUAUCCGCUACAUCGCCUGUGAAUUACGAACAAAGGAAUUCCCUGGAGUUUGGUGAUGGUGUUGGAUACAACGAAGGACUCGAACGACAAGCGGUAGAGAAGGCAGGGUUAGCAUACCAUCACCUCCCUCUGGACGAGAAUCGACCAUAUAGUAGUGAAAUGUUUUCGGAGUACAAAGACAGACUUCUGGAGAUCGGAAAGACUAGUGAACCAGUGAUCGUGCACUGUUCGGACACUAGACGUGCGGUUUAUAUCACGGUCCUUGCUGCUGCGCUUCAGGAAGGUCAAGACUUAUCUUGGGCAUUGGCCAAACUGGACGAGAUAGGGUUUCCAGUCGGACCAGUGGUCAAACCGGACGUGUAUCGUAUGUACGUCGCGUGGCUGGUUGAUUCUAAUAAUAGCAACGAAACUGGCCGGAAAUGA